CAUCAUCGCCAGUCCACAAGCCUCCAUAGUCGCCCUUUACAUUGGCCACCUCUAGACACUCAUCAUUGCUUCUGUCGGCCAAUGUCCUUCCCAUUUCCUCUUGCUUUCCCCCACAACCCCAUAGCAGCUCAAUCUCAACAAAAGCACCUCCACUUUUUCUCCUAUAAUCCUUCCAUCAGAACAUCCCACCCCCCCUUAACAUUCCACCCCUUAUCGUCACUUUCUUGUUACUCUACAUCCAGCUGAUCUUCUACCCUUUCUUUUUAUUCUGUGUGUACCAUGAAACACCAUCAAGAACCUGCAACUCUUCAAAGAAGCACCAGCUACAACAAUUUCAACUACAAAAGCACAAGAAACAAGAUAAACCCAUCCAACUUUCCUCGAUCCACUUCACUUCCAAUCCCUGAACACGAAGAAAUCUCUGACAAACUCCUUAUUCCUAGAACCACAUCAUCCCCACGUAGUUCCAUACAACGUUUCCAUAACGUUAAUUCCAGGUUCUCCUCCCUCCUUCGUUCCCUUCUCAAGAUAAUAGCUUUUCCUAAUAUAAUCCCCACCACUUGCAAAUGGCUAACCCUUCCAACUCACCUCUCCAUAACCCCUUCCCUCGGCCGUAAAGUGACAGGAACCCUCUUCGGCCACCGCCGCGGUCAUGUCAGCUUUGCCGUCCAGGAUGAUCCCCGGUCCGAACCGGUUUUGCUCCUCGAACUAGCCAUGUCAACGUCUAGUUUGGUCAAAGAAAUGUCAUCGGGUUUGGUCCGGAUCGCGCUCGAGUGCGAGAAGGUCCCGGGCAGAUCUGCGGCUCAACCGGGUCGAACCGGGAGGCUGUUCCAUGAACCGAUGUGGACUAUGUAUUGUAACGGGAGGAAAAGUGGGUACGCCAUGACCCGCACGUGCACCGAAUCGGAUUGGCACGUAUUGAGUACGGUGCAAAGCGUGUCGGUCGGUGCCGGGGUUAUUCCGGUGGUGGAGGAUGCACGGAAAGGUGGUGGAAGUGAAGGUGAGUUGUUGUAUAUGAGGGCUAAGUUUGAACGAGUCGUUGGGAGUCGCGACUCGGAAGCGUUUUACAUGAUGAACCCUGAUAAUAAUGGAGGCCCCGAACUCAGCAUUUUUCUUCUUAGAAUGUAAAGAUCAUUGAUUCGUGAAGAAAUAAAUGGGAUACAAUAAUUACCUAUUGUUGUGAUGA